CUCUCUCUUUCUCUGUUUUACGCAACAUUUUAGGGGAAAACACCCAUUUUUUUCUGUGAUCAUAAUCGUUGUUUUUUCAUAUAUGGGUUUUUAUACAAGCUGGUUUUGUUUUGUUUUUGUGUGAUUUUAUCCUUCAAAAUCGCUUCUUUAUCAAUUCCAGUUUCAUAUAUUACAACAUGAACAAAAUGUGAUGUUAGCAUCUCAAAAAAAUCUUUGAUGAUGAUGACAACUUCUUCAAUCUCCAUUUUGUCUCUUGUAUCAAAAACCACAACUUUUGAUUCUUAAAAAAAGCUAAAAAGGUAUCCAAAUCCCACUCUUUACGCACCGACCCUUUCUUUUCUCCAUAGCCUCAAAAAAAAGUCAAAUUUUCCGUCUAUUAUGUAGCAAGCAUAGCGUAAUUUUUAAUCUGAUUUGUUUUUUUGUUUUUUUUUAAAUUUAUUUCAUGUUCCUUUGAUUCUUCUGCUGACAGUUUCAUAGUUGCUAGCAUCUUUUAAGAUCUGAUUUUGAAGCUGUGAUUGGUGAAGAUGGAUUUUGAAGGUAGUAGUACACCAAAGAAGGAGAUGGAAGGAGAAGGAGGUGUGGAGGGUUCGAAGAUGAAGGGUACUGGAAAUCAAAGUAGUAAAGAUAUGAUUUUCAGAGCUGAUAGGAUUGAUCUCAAGAAUUUGGAUGCUCAAUUGGAAAAGCACUUAAGCAGGGUUUGGUCGAGAAAUACUAAUGAGCCGAAAAGGCCUAAAGAAGAAUGGGAGAUUGAAUUGGCGAAAUUGAAUUUGCGAUAUAUUGUUGCUCAUGGUGCUUAUGGUACUGUCUAUAGAGGCACGUAUGAUACUCAAGAUGUUGCAGUGAAAGUGUUGGAUUGGGGUGAUGAUGGUGUUGCCACCGCUGCUGAAACUGCCGCUUUACGCGCAUCUUUUAGGCAGGAGGUUGCCGUCUGGCACAAACUUGACCAUCGAAAUGUCACAAAGUUUGUCGGAGCUUCAAUGGGAACUUCGAAUCUUAAGAUUCCUACCAAAAACUCUUCGACCGACAAUCAAGAGACCCUUCCUUCUAGGGCAUGUUGUGUUAUCGUCGAGUUUCUCACUGGUGGAACGCUGAAACAAUACUUGAUCAAAAAUAGGCGGAAGAAACUUGCGUAUAAGAUUGUGGUUCAGCUUGCUUUGGACCUCUCUAGAGGUCUUAGCUAUCUGCAUUCGAAGAGGAUUGUUCAUCGUGAUGUUAAGACGGAGAAUAUGUUGCUAGAUGGUAGCCGGAAUCUAAAGAUAGCUGAUUUUGGAGUUGCUCGCGUUGAAGCUAUGAAUCCAAGUGACAUGACCGGUGAAACUGGAACCCUCGGAUAUAUGGCUCCCGAGGUUUUGGAUGGUAAACCUUACAACAGGACAUGUGAUGUCUAUAGCUUUGGCAUUUGCCUGUGGGAAAUUUACUGCUGUGACAUGCCCUAUCCAGAUCUUAGCUUUGCUGACGUGUCUUCUGCUGUCGUCCGUCAGAAUUUACGACCGGACAUUCCGAGGUGUUGUCCAAGUGCAUUGGCGAGCAUCAUGCGUAAGUGCUGGGAUGGGAAUCCGAGCAAACGUCCGGAAAUGCACGAGGUGGUGAGAAUGCUGGAAGCACUGGACACAAGCAAAGGUGGCGGAAUGAUACCGGACGACCAGAGUCCAGGUUGCUUUUGUUUCGCACCGGCUCGUGGUCCUUAAUUAAUUUUCAAGAAUCCUUGACAAUAGAUAUGAUGUGAAGUACAGAAAACUGGGAAAAUCGGUAUUUUAUGGUUUUGCCAGUAUUUUAACAGUUAACAUUCUUUUGAAAGUCGGAAAGAAUGGUUGUAAACAGAAAGGAAGAAAAUUGGUUUUUGAAUGCAUGAAAAAGGGUUAUAGACUUA